ACGAUUGGUCUGCAGCAACUUAGUUUGGUGUUCCUAGUUACGACUACUGCUUACUCCCCAAAACCCACUUUCUUUCUCACUUCUUCUUCCCAGGCCUCUCUAAAGCCGAAGAUAACAGAAAAAAAUAGAAUGACGUCAUCGUAUUUAUCUCAUCUUCUAUCAUCACCAUCAUCAUCUUGAUCAUGGAUUUGUUCUCAAAUCAACAUUCACCAGUGUCCGAUCCUGAUGUCUCACCGCUACUCCCAAUACCUCCUCAUUACGCAUCACGAAUUGUGAAGACCGAUCUCAUGAGUAUCUGGUCUUAUAGUGACCCACGGCCGUACACCCCUCAAGCGAUUGACCAUACCAACAUCGCCAUCAACCACAACGAUCCGGAUAGUUACGGUUCUGCUGACACGCUAACUUACUUGAGUCUGUCUCCUGCUGAAAUUGAUGCCAGUGGAACAGCGCCGCCAUUUUCAGUCACUUCUGACUUACUGAAUUACGAGCAUAAACCCUUUUGGAGAAUGGACGAUGAGUUGUUUAUGAACCAUAAUAAAGACGAGGGAUAUGUGUCCCCCACAGCAUCUUUGCACUCCCUGACCCCUCCAUCAGAUUUGAGACAGCUACACGUGAGAGAUUCUGCUAAUGAAAGUGGAAACAGCAAUGAUUUAACCGGGUUAUAUGACACAGAAGAUCAUCAUCAAUUUCGUCUGUCCGACUCCUCCACCCCUCCUCAUCCCCCUAGGACACAGUGUGUCAAGUGUGGGAGUGUUGUGGACAUCUCCCACUGUCUGAAAGAGGCUACUGGGCAUUACUUGUGUUAUUCCUGCCACAUGCAGUCCAAUCCAGGGCUUCUUCCAGUUCAAACAGCCCUUGAAGAGUCAGUUCAAAAGAGGACCAGGAAAAAACAGUCUGCGAUCGUUAAUGCUCGAAAUCAAAUCUGCCAAAAUUGUGAAUGUCCGAAUACAACACUAUGGAGAAGAAGCUUUUCUGGUGAAGCUGUUUGCAAUGCCUGUGGCCUGUACGAAAAGUUGCACAAGAGAAAGCGACCGAAGAGUAUGAGAAAGGACACUAUUCAGACCAGAAGACGGAAACCACGAAAUACUGAAACAAAGAAAAAAGUUGUAGCUGAAACCAUUUCUUCAGUACCAGCAUCGAAUACAAGUACUAUCUCAAACAGAGGUAGUUACACCUCAGCCUAUGAUUAUGCCACCAAAUCCACCACCUCCAUAUAAUAAUCGUUAUAUAACUAUAGAAGACACUGGUAGCUAUCAAGUACUUCCGCCUAUGGGAAGCAUGGGAUUCUUGAACACAUAUCCUUAUGAGACUACAUAUAGUCAUUUUGCUGGACAGUAGCUUCAAUUUUUUGUUCAAAUUAACGCUCUUGUAAACUAGCGUGAUUGUAUUUUUUGAAAGUAUCAUAGAAUGCCAGUUUUAUUGCCAGUUAGUGCAAUUUUUACAAGUCAAUAAGUGCAAAUUUUAAAAGUAAAUAAGUGCAACUUUUUUAGCUUAUCUAAUGUAAGGUAAACUCAUUUUAUGAACAAGCUUGAUUGUAUUUUUGAGAAAGUGCCAUUUUUACAAGCUAAUAAGUGCUAUUUUACAAGACAAUUACUGCAAUGUUACUAGCAGUACUAGCAUGAAGUGAACUCCACUUAUGGACUAGCGUGAUUGUAUUUUUCUCUAAGUGCCAAACGUAGAAGGCAAUUAGCAUGACUUUUACAAGGUAUUUAACAAUGCAAGAGGUGCAAUUAUUACUAUAGUCAAUAUAAGGUGAACUCUGAACAGGCUUGCUUGUAUUUUUUGUGAAUGUGCCAUAGAAUGCCAUCUUUGCAAGUUUAUUAGUAGAUUUUUGCAAGUCAACAAGAGGCAUUUUAAAGUAAAUAUGUGCAAUUUUCACAAGCCAACAUGGUGAUUUUUGUAAGCCAAUGUAAGACGAAAACAAUGUGAGAUGUGUACAAUUUUUAUAAAAAUGCUAAUAAAACUACAAUCUUAUGUAAGGCGAUUACAACUCUUACAUGCCGCAUAUAAUUCUUACAAAAAUGUAUGACGAGUACAAUUUUUACUAUAAUUCUUGAAAGACAGGUGUCUAUUUGCAUGUAAAUGACAAAACUCUAAAUAUUUAAGAAUUUUUAUUUAUUUUUAAUUUGGAUCAGUUUAGAAUUGGUGUUACAAACGAAACAUCGAGUAAUUAGUGGUCCUUUUAAGAUUAAUUAGCAUAUCAUUUUAGAGGAAUAAGAUCUGGUGCUUUUGAGUGUUUUUUGCAAAUGCUUUAUGUAAAUGCUUAUGUGUGUACAUUUAAUACAUGUAAUCGAAAUUUAGAAAAUUUGUGAUAAACAUUGUU